AUGGAAAAAAGAGACGACGUAGAUCAGAACAGCGUGGAAAAAAGAGACGACGUAGAUCAGAACAACGUGGAAAAAAGAGACGACGUGGAAAAAAGAGACGACGUAGAUCAGAACAACGUGGAAAAAAGAGACGACGUAGAUCAGAACUGCGUGGAAAAAAGAGACGACGUAAAUCAGAACAACGUGGAAAAAAGAGACGACAACAGCGUGGAAAAAAGCGGUGACGAUGUAGAUCAGAACAGCGUGGAAAAAAGCGGUGACGAUGUAGAUCAGAACAACGUGGAAAAAAGCUGUGACGACGUGGAUCAGAACAGCGUGGAAAAAACCGGCGAAGACGUGGAUCAGAACAGCGUGGAAAAAAGCGGUGACGAUGUAGAUCAGAACAGCGUGGAAAAAAGCGGUGACGAUGUAGAUCAGAACAGCGUGGAAAAAAGCGGUGACGAUGUAGAUCAGAACAGCGUGGAAAAAACCGGUGAAGACGUGGAUCAGAACAGCGUGGAAAAAACCGGUGACAACUUAGAUCAGAACAGCGUGGAAAAAAGCUGUGACGACGUGGAUCAGAACAGCGUGGAAAAAAGCUGUGACGACGUGGAUCAGAACAGCGUGGAAAAAAGCGGUGACGAUGUAGAUCAGAACAACGUGGAAAAAAGCGGUGACGAUGUAGAUCAGAACAGCGUGGAAAAAAGCGGUGACGAUGUAGAUCAGAACAGCGUGGAAAAAACCGGUGAAGACGUGGAUCAGAACAGCGUGGAAAAAACCGGUGACGACGUAGAUCAGAACAGCGUGGAAAAAACCGGUGACGACAACAGCGUGGAAAAAAGCGGUGACGACGUGGAUCAGAACAGCGUGGAAAAAAGCGGUGACGAUGUAGAUCAGAACAACGUGGAAAAAAGCGGUGACGAUGUAGAUCAGAACAGCGUGGAAAAAAGCGGUGACGAUGUAGAUCAGAACAGCGUGGAAAAAACCGGUGAAGACGUGGAUCAGAACAGCGUGGAAAAAACCGGUGACGACGUAGAUCAGAACAGCGUGGAAAAAAGCUGUGACGACGUGGAUCAGAACAGCGUGGAAAAAAGCUGUGACGACGUGGAUCAGAACAGCGUGGAAAAAAGCGGUGACGACGUAGUUCAGAACAGCGUAGAAAAAAGCUGUGAUGACGUAGAUCAGAAAAGCGUGGAAAAAAGCGGUGACGAUGUAGAUCAGAACAGCGUGGAAAAAACCGGUGAAGACGUGGAUCAGAACAGCGUGGAAAAAACCGGUGACGACGUAGAUCAGAACAGCGUGGAAAAAAGCUGUGACGACGUGGAUCAGAACAGCGUGGAAAAAAGAGACGACGUAGAUCAGAACAGCGUGGAAAAAAGAGACGACGUAGAUCAGAACAGCGUGGAAAAAACCGGUGACGACGUAGAUCAGAACAGCGUGGAAAAACCGACAAAAUCAGAACAGCGUGGAAAAACCGGUGACGACGUAGUUCAGAACAGCGUGGAAAAAAGCUGUGACGACGUAGAUCAGAACAGCGUGGAAAAAAACGGUGACGACGUAGAUCAGAACAACGUGGAAAAAAGAGACGACGUAGAUCAGAACAGCGUGGAAAAAACCGGUGACGACGUAGAUCAGAACAGCGUGGAAAAAAGAGACGACGUAAAUCAGAACAACGUGGAAAAAAGAGACGACGUGGAUCAUAACAACGUGGAAAAAAGAGACGACGUAGAUCAGAACAACGUGGAAAAAAGAGACGACAACAGCGUGGAAAAAAGCGGUGACGAUGUAGAUCAGAACAGCGUGGAAAAAAGCGGUGACGAUGUAGAUCAGAACAACGUGGAAAAAAGCUGUGACCACGUGGAUCAGAACAGCGUGGAAAAAACCGGUGAAGACGUGGAUCAGAACAGCGUGGAAAAAAGCGGUGACGAUGUAGAUCAGAACAGCGUGGAAAAAAGCGGUGACGAUGUAGAUCAGAACAACGUGGAAAAAAGCGGUGACGAUGUAGAUCAGAACAGCGUGGAAAAAAGCGGUGACGAUGUAGAUCAGAACAGCGUGGAAAAAACCGGUGAAGACGUGGAUCAGAACAGCGUGGAAAAAACCGGUGACGACAUAGAUCAGAACAGCGUAGAAAAAAGCUGUGAUGACGUAGAUCAGAAAAGCGUGGAAAAAAGCGGUGACGACGUAGAUCAGAACAGCAUAGAAAAAAGCUGUGAUGACGUAGAUCAGAACAGCGUGGAAAAAAGCGGUGACGACGUAGAUCAGAAUAGCGUGGAAAAAACCGGUGGCGACGUAGAGCAGAAUAGCAUGAAAAAAAACUAA